GCGAGUCGGUAAGAGGCUAGUUGGCCUGCAAUCAUUCAUUUGCGUGGCGGCGGCGCGGGCAUUUGUGAAUGGCAAACAUAAAGUGAUAAACACGGAGCUGUAACCGGACCGCUAGCCGGUGCUGUACUACGGCGGGAGUCGAACAGCAAGCACGUUGAAUGAAAAUGUCUGAUCUCGAUGAGUUAACGCAACGGUUCUCAAGUCAGUCUUCAGCUGAGAAGUUUGAGGCCGCGGACACCCCUCAACAGGUCCUGGAUGAAAUCAGCUUGGAGGGCGUGGCCAGAUACAUCCAAAGUGGCAACUGCAAAAAUGUAAUUUUUAUGACAGGAGCUGGGAUCUCAACAUCUGCAGGACUUCCAGAUUUCAGGACCAAAACCACCGGCCUGUAUGAUCAACUGGAGGAGUAUGAGCUUCCUAACCCUCAGCGCAUGUUUGAGAUCAGAUACUUCAUGGAAAGACCGGAGCCUUUCUUCAAGCUAGUCAAGUCGCUCUAUCCGGGAGAUUACAAGCCAACACCGUGCCAUUACUUCAUCCGACUCAUGAGCGAAAAGAACGUUGUGCUCAGGAAUUACACGCAGAAUAUUGACACACUGGACAAGAUAGCUGGAAUGAAAGAUGAGUUGAUAGUGGAAGCUCACGGAGGAUUCAGCACAGCUCACUGCAUCGGGAAGGAAUGUUACACAGAGUAUGGCCAAAAGUGGGUCAGAGAUGAAAUUUUUGCAGACAGGAUCCCAAAGUGCAACAACUGUGGAGCUAUCAUCAAGCCAGACUGUGCAUUCUUUGGCGAAGACAUGCCCAAGGGGUUUGACAAGCUAGUGGAGGAGGAUUUCCCUAAAUGUGACCUUCUGAUUGUUUCUGGGACCUCAUUAAUGGUUCAACCGUUUGCAGCAAUGAUCAAUAAAGUACCAGCUACCACCCCGAGACUUUUGAUCAACUACGAAUUGAGCGGCAAGAUUGACCCUUUGAUGAAAUUCAUGGGUACGAGUGUUGGCUUCAACUUUGAUUAUGCAGAUAAUUACAGAGAUGUGUUUUAUCUGGGGUCUUGUGACGAUGGUUUCUACAAACUAGCUGAACUUCUGGGAUGGAAGGAUGAACUGGUGCAACUUAUCAAGACAGAACACCAAAAACUAGAUGCUGCAGCCAGUAGUAACUGAAAAGAAAAUGCACUCAACUAAGAACGGAGACGGAGUGACUACCAUACAAGUGUAUUUAAUUAAUACAAGUAUAUUAUUUUGCACUGUGAAUUUCAAUUAAUAUACCUGUAUUAUUUUGUACCAGUGUAUGCGGUUUUCAAAACGGGUCUACAUGUAUUCAUAAUGAUAUGGAUGAUUGAUAUGGGUGAUAUUUUUAAAUUCCAUGAAAAUUGCCCCAAACUAAAUCUCUUGUACUUAAAUAUUAAAGUCUUCCACCCGCCUCCCCCAAACAAAACAAACUUCCAAGUGGCCUCCAUAAAUAUGUACAUGUAUUCAGUUGAUAUAUGAAUGAUACGGGUGAUUGAAUGUCGACUUGGAGAAGACGAACAAAAUAUGAAUAUCUGAAAUAUAUAUUCCCCCAAAUUGUAACACAUAAUAUGGAUUUUAUAUAUUUUGUCUUUGUACAGUUCAAAAACUCCUCCCAAAUUGCUAAAAUAAAAUAGAUCUCAUAAUACAGGGAGCAGCUUGUCUGCCUUUUAGGUGAAAAAAAUAACCACCAAGCAAAGAAGAAAAAUCUGAAAAAGUAGAUCUAAUAAAUACAUCGAGACCAACAGUAACUUUACAGAUCUUACAGAAAAAUCAUGAUAUAUAUUUGAAAUUUACAAAUGGUACAAGAGUUGCAAUAAGUAAGACGUACUGUAAGCCAUUUUAUUUCCUCAUUCCCAUAAUUUGAAGUAAUUAUGACGAUGAGAUUAGUGCUUUUCAGUUUUUCAAAUAUUAUUGAUAAUAAGGCAGCUUUACCUUCUCAUUUGUUGAGAGACCCUCGGGUCCUCGAUUGUUAUCUCAGGUAAAUGUUUGUUCUAGGUCCUCACUCGUAAACACGAAAACUGAGGACCUGCACUUGGGUCCUCGAUUGUUAUCUCAGGUAAACGUUUGUUCUAUGUCCUUACUCUUAAACACGAAAACUGAGGACCUGCACUCGGGUCCUUGAUUGUUAUCUCAGGUAAACGUAAUUUGUUCUAGGUCCUCACUCGUAAACACGAAAACUGAGAACCUGCACUCGGGUCCUCAAUUGUUAUCUCAGGUAAACGUAAUUUGUUCUAGGUCCUCACUCUUAAACACGAAAACUGAGGACCCGCACUCGGGUCCUCAAUUGUUAUCUCAGGUAAACGUAAUUUGUUCUAGGUCCUCACUCUUAAACACGAAAACUGAGGACCCGCACUCGGGUCCUCAAUUGUUAUCUCAGGUAAACGUAAUUUGUUCUAGGUCCUCACUCUUAAACACGAAAACUGAGGACCCGCACUCGGGUCCUCGAUUGUUAUCUCAGGUAAACGUAAUUUGUUCUAGGUCCUCACUCGUAAACACGAAAACUGAGGACCCGCACUCGGGUCCUCGAUUGUUAUCUCAGGUAAACGUAAUUUGUUCUAGGUCCUCACUCGUAAACACGAAAACUGAGGACCUGCACUCGGGUCCUCAAUUGUUAUCUCAGGUAAACGUAAUUUGUUCUAGGUCCUCACUCGUAAACACGAAAACUGAGGACCUGCACUCGGGUCCUCGAUUGUUAUCUCAGGUAAACGUAAUUUGUUCUAGGUCCUCACUCGUAAACACGAAAACUGAGGACCUGCACUCGGGUCCUCGAUUGUUAUCUCAGGUAAACGUAAUUUGUUCUAAGUCCUCACUCGUAAACACGAAAACUGAGGACCUGCACUCGGGUCCUCAAUUGUUAUCUCAGGUAAACGUAAUUUGUUCUAGGUCCUUACUCUUAAACACGAAAACUGAGGACCUGCACUCGGGUCCUUGAUUGUUAUCUCAGGUAAACAUAAUUUGUUCUAGGUCUUCACUCGUAAACACGAAAACUGAGGACCUGCACUCGGGUCCUCGAUUGUUAUCUCAGGUAAACGUAAUUUGUUCUAGGUCCUCACUCGUAAACACGAAAACUGAGGACCUGCACUCGGGUCCUCGAUUGUUAUCUUGGUAAACGUAAUUUGUUCUAUGUCCUUACUCUUAAACACGAAAACUGAGGACUAGCAUGCGGGUCCUCGAUUGUUAUCUUGGGUAAACUUUUGUUCUAUCUUCAUUUGGAGCAAGGAGUUUUUCGUUAAAUUGUAGCUAGGUACAUUUCCAGGUAGGUAUAGUGCUUAAUUUAUAAGGCGAAAUUUAUCCAUUCACGUCCCAAAUUGAAAAUUCAUGUUCGUCAGUUCAGUGGUUUAAAACAAGUACUAUAUAUGUCCCAAAUUUAGCCGCUGGUUUCCUUGUUGAGUUCUCUGCAGAUUCGGAUUAAUUAAAGUAAAUGAAUUUACUUUGAUAAUUAGAAUGAUGGAUUGGAUGAAUGAAUGGGAGGUUUGAGGUACCAUGUGGAUGAUCCGCUCUUAAUGAUGGAAUUUUACUUGACUUUAUAAUUACAUUUGAUUGUUUGGAACAUUAUUAUCAAAGAUUGCUUUUAGAUGAAGUUAAGAAAGUUCGAUCUCCCCAAAACUGUCAUAUCUGUUAAAUUUGAAGUUAGGAUUAGGCCUAAGUGUCUUAGUCUGACCAUGGUCUGACAUUGCCUGAUCAGAUUGGUAUAUAAUAUAACAACAAUUCUUUAUUUUUCAUUCUUGGUGUUAUUUAUAAUAGCCAUCAAUAAACAGCUUCACAAUAUUCAUUACUGUAA